UGUGUGACCACUAGAGGCAGCAUAGCGUUCAAACGUAGUCUAGAAGAAGACGACGAAGAAAAAGGUAGUGACGUCACGUAUUUGGGUAAAAUGGCGGUUGAUUUGACUCCUCGAUUUCGAAGACUCAACAGCAAAACACGAAGUUUUCGAGAAAGUUUACCGAACAAUGGUUUGUCAGGCCCCUUUGGUGCCACCCAGCUGUGGCACAACAUCAUCCAAGCCCUGCACAGCCAAGUGGAGGUUCGCCGCCGGCGGAGGCACCUGCGUGUCCACAACGAUAGCUUCACUGGCUCGGACGCCGUCGACGCCGUCCUUAGCUACCUGAUGCAGAACGCAAACUUUUACGCUACUGACGUUUCCCGUCUCAAAGCCUCCCGACUAUGCCAGGCCCUGAUGGAGGCCAAGGUGUUUGAGUCAGUGGGCGCUAAGCUCUUUCGCCGCGACAAGGACGAGGCGUUCGAAGACAACAGCGGAAGCCUUUACCGUUUCCUGGAUUCUAAAUCUGAUACGACGCAGAAUGGCAGCAGAGACGCAGAAAACCAAAGAAAAGAUUUUGGGAUGAAGAGGAGCAAGCGUGCCAAGUUGAACGAUAUGCUCAUGAUCUCCAAUCCUUUGGCUGUUGGACCAUCUGACAAGAAGGUGGAAUCGCUGCUCAGGUCUUUCAACCUGCCGCCUUCAGCCUCAGCAGCUUCGACCUUUCUUCCCAAAGCUGCGGUGGAGGAGGUGUGGAAGCAGCAGACAUUGCUGCAGCUGCUGCAGAUACUUGAGCUGCCCAUGCUGGACUGCAUCCUGGCUUCACCAGCCAGGAGUGGGAGAGUGCCUCUGGCCAAUCAAGACCUGGUUAUUCCCAAUACCUACCUGGAACGAGAGCUGCCAGACACCCUUCAUCUACCUCAGUGGGAUGGGUGGCUGUCGGCAGCCGUGGACUGCCUCGAGCUGUUCCCAGACCAGCUGAUUGUGGUCGCUGAGGAGCAACUCCAAUGGCAAGAUGGCGCAGAGCAGCCGGCGAGCGAAAACAGAGUCCUGUUUGACAUCAUCGCCAAGUACUACAGCGGACGGGAAAAGGCUCCGAUUCUGUCAGGACGCUACCUGGACGUACAUGUCGCCAUUCUCAAGCUGCUGGAAGAAGCCAAAGUACAUGACGCCAUUAAAGCUUCUCAGCUGUGUCUACGUCUCUUGCACACGAGCUCACGGGACGAGCUCUGGCGUCUUUUAGCCUUCAUGGCGGUGGCGGCUCGCCCGCACGUUUGUCGCCUCCAAAAACAGAGCGAUAACCGCACAGUUAUCAUCCGCAAUUUCCUGAAGGCUAUUGUCCAUAAUGCUGAAUUGACGAAAUCCCAGAGCGAGACCUUGGUGCUGUUUCUCAUGGACAACCACAAAGACCUCUUUAAGACUCCUACAUCCCUCAUUGAAGCUGUCCGCAGGACACUGCAGAGCAUGCGGGACGGCAAAGAUGCAGACUCCAUCGCCACGUUCAACUUCUGCCGUCAGGUGACGCCGCAGCAGUACCAGGAGCAGCGCGAAGCCGCCACGCUGGAUAGUCUCCAGCGUCUCCUGCGGGACAUCUCCAUCAGCAGCAUGCCCGCCAAGGAGAAGAGGAGGAUCCUCAAGGAGUUUGAGAGGCAUCACCCAGCAGUCUUCCUCCAACAUCUCGCAAGCACUUUCUAAAAACAACACGACUUGACUUGGUACUUUAUGGCUCUUAUUAUAUAAAGUUUUUGAGAUUUUUGUCCAAUUCUAAAAUUAUUUUUUAAAAGCUACAAUAACAGUUGUCUUUACUUUAUAUACUAUGUUAUGCUGUGCACAUAUAAACAUAAGAAAUGCUUCGGUUUAAUCUUGCAUUUUGUAGACUACUAAUUUAAUGUUUUCUUAGUUGUAGUGACAUUUUUUAAUUAUUUGUUAUCCUUUUUAAAUGAAAGCCAAGUUAAAAUGCACUUUGUUUGAUUUUUUACUUGAAAUAAUGUAUUUGUUGUAUAUCUUGUACAUUUCAUUGAAAUCUUGGUAAUUAAAUGUGUUGAUUAAAUUGCUCAACAUGUUA